AUGCUCGAUUUGCAACACGGAACCAUUAAUCCAUUACUAGUGACGCCACAACAACUCCAAGAGCAAAUAACACUCAUUCAGAAGACUCUUCGUCCGAAUCUAAGGAUUCCGAUUAGUCGAACGAUUGGAGAUCUUUCACUGUACAAGACGUUUUCUGUACAUACUCAAAUGACAAAGAGCUUUGUUAUUUUCCAGUUGAAAUUGCCACUAAUCAAUUCUGAGGAAUUUCAGCUAUUCAACCUAUUACCUGUUCCUAUUCAACGAGUCCAAAGGUCGUAUCUCAUUCAAACAUCAACACGGUACUUACUGGUAAAUCUCCAAAGGAGUCAAUACUACCCCAUCAGCCAAGACGAACUGGACAAAUGUACAACUACUGCAGACAAUAUAUUCCUGUGCGUCCAACAUCAUCCACUAUAUAAUAAACAGUCCAGUAUCAACCAGUGCGAACUUGCUCUUUUGAAUCAUCAGGAACCAUCAUCCAUGCAAUGUGUUUGGGCACCCAUCAACAACACCAACUUUUGGAUUCAGGCCCACCAGGAAAACACAUGGAUUUAUACGUUAGGAGGAACCCGAAUCUUCGAUACAAUAUGUGGAACGGAAGUCAUUACCCAAACUCUACAAGGGAGCGGCGUAUUAUGA